AUGCGUCCACCGAUGGCACCAUCAGAAGCACAGAAGCCCAACAAUUCCCCAAACGGAUCCGCAUCUACAUCCACCACGAACGUGAGAAGAAAAGUCCUGAUGGAGUUCUCAUCCCUCCAUCCGUGCUCUGCAUCGAUGGAUGAUGAUGAUGAGGAUAAUAGUAUACAAUCAUCGCAAGAACAUACCGAAUCCUCCCCGGGGAUGCAUCCAAUCUCGCAUUCACAUUCUCAUCCAUUGUCAUCGUCGUCGUCGUCUUCAACACCUACUCAGAUGCAGACUCGAUCCGUCGAUCAUGCUAAUCGGAACUACGCGAAGGGCCCAGAACACGAGUCAACACCCACAACCACCGCCCCCAGUAUCACAGCUAGAUUCAGAUCGAAAUCAAAGUCGAAAGCUACGACUGCACAUGUCCACUUCCUUGACGAAGAGAUCAAUGAGCCUGCUCCAUAUACGAUCACGAACGGGAACAGAAGUACAAAAGCCGAUAUGAAUACAACUGAAGAAAGAACCACUCUUGGUCCUCGCAGCCGGGAUCUCUCUCUUAGUGAGAGUGAAAUCAGUCUGCUCGAUUUGGGUCCGAGUCUUGUGUAUGGGGAUGAUGGGUAUAUUCCCUUGUCUGGGGGUAGAUUUGGGCAUGGGCAGGGUGGUGGUGUUUCGGUGGUGGGGAGGGGAGGUGCAGGGUUUACACCUGGAGUGAGGGAAUGGAUGGAGUUUAUGGUCUCUUAUUCGGUCGGGUCUGUGGGAUAG